AAAUAUUUUUCAUCUUCUUGCUGUAGCUUUGAGGCCGACUUGUUGUGUGUUUUUUUUUUUCUCUCUCUCUCCUUUUUUUUUUUUUUUGUUUUUAACUCUUCUAAUUAUUGUUAUUAUUAUUUUGGUUGCGAUACAGACUGAUUUUUUUUUUAAUUUUUUUCGCCUUUGCUCUCUCUCCCUCCUCCCUCCCCCGAUGAACCUCUCUCUUCGCUCUGCACUUUGCACGAGAGAGCCCAGAGGAAAGGCACCAUGAAGUGUUAAAAAUAACAAAACAAAACAACAACAACAACAAAUUUACUCGCAACAACACCAGCUAACACUUCCAGCUGCGGUUCGCGAGCUGCGAAAGAGAGCGAGCGGAGAGAGAGAAGGGAGGGAGAGAGGAGGAAAAAAAAAAACCCUCUAUGCAAAAGGCGAAUAGCGAGAGCCCCGCGCUCUGAUGCAUCAGCGGAGCCUCUGCGAGGGAUAACGCGGAGCGGGAGCGGAGCCGCCGGGGCGGACCGGAGCGGAGGCAGAGCAGGAGAGCGGAGCGGAGCUCGCCAAAAAUCAAGCUGGCUCACCCGGUGGCGACUCAGAGCAGCCCCCUCGCUCCCGGAGCGCACCCUUUCUGGAGGACUCUCGGCAGCAAAAGGAUGGCAUCAGAGCUGGCGAUGAGCAGCUCCGACCUGCCCACCAGUCCCCUGGCCAUGGAAUAUGUUAAUGACUUCGAUCUGAUGAAGUUUGAAGUGAAAAAGGAGCCGGUGGAGACCGAUCGCAUUAUCAGCCAGUGCGGCCGCCUGAUCGCCGGGGGAUCGCUCUCCUCCACCCCGAUGAGCACGCCCUGCAGCUCCGUGCCCCCGUCCCCCAGCUUCUCGGCGCCCAGCCCCGGCUCCGGCUCCGACCAGAAGACCCACCUGGAAGACUACUACUGGAUGACGGGGUACCCGCAGCAGCUCAACCCGGAGGCGCUGGGCUUCAGCCCCGAGGACGCGGUGGAGGCGCUGAUCAACAGCAGCCACCACCCGCUGCCCGGCGCCUUCGAUGGCUAUGCUAGAGGGCAGCAGCUGGCCGCGGCCGCCGGCGGCUCCGUGCCGGCCGAGGAGAUGGGCUCGGCGGCCGCCGUGGUGUCGGCGGUGAUCGCCGCGGCGGCGGCGCAGGGCGGCGCGCCCCACUACCACCACCACCACCACCACCCGCACCACGGCGGCGGCGGCGGCGGCGGCGGCGGCGGCGGGCACCCCCACGCCGCGGCGCCGGGCAGCGCGCCGCCCUCCUCCGCCUCCUCGGCCGCCGGCUCCGGCUCCGGCGGCGGCGGCGGCGGCGGCGGCGCCGGGGGGCUGCACCACCCGCACCACGGCGGCGGCGGCGGCGGCGGCGGCGGCCUCCACUUCGACGACCGCUUCUCCGACGAGCAGCUGGUGACCAUGUCGGUGCGGGAGCUGAACCGGCAGCUGCGGGGCGUCAGCAAGGAAGAGGUGAUCCGGCUGAAGCAGAAGAGGAGGACCCUCAAAAACAGGGGCUAUGCCCAGUCCUGCCGCUUCAAGAGGGUCCAGCAGCGGCACGUCCUGGAGUCGGAGAAGAACCAGCUGCUGCAGCAAGUGGAGCACCUAAAGCAGGAGAUCUCCAGGCUGGUCCGGGAGAGGGACGCCUACAAGGAAAAGUACGAGAAGCUGGUCAGCAAUGGCUUCAGAGAAAACGGAUCCAGCAGCGACAACCCUUCCUCUCCAGAGUUUUUCAUGUACCCGAGAGAAUCAUCUACAACGGUGAUGUGAAAAUCCCUGUCACCUGAGGUCAAAAAAAAAAAAAAAAGAAAAUGUGAUGCUGGACUGAGGAUGGCUUAGAACAACCUUCUGGCAUGAAGACAGCUACAAAGCACAAAAUACAAAAAAUGAACUCAGAAAGAAACGAGAAAAAAACAGCGUUUUCUUGGCACCAACAAGAAGCUCUUUAUUUUUCCUCAAGUUUUCUUUUCUAAAAAAAAAAAAAAGUGGAACUAAGACAUUUGCAGAAAUGAGACAACAAACUUUCUCUUCAGGUGACAAUAUUCAAGCAAGCAUGUUGUUUUAUUGAAUUUAAAUGGAAAGAAAAAAAGAGACAGAUUUGGAGUGGGAUACAGUAUCAGGAGAACUGAGAAACUGUGAACUUUUAAAGAAAAAAAAACCUCCUUAAAACUGUGAACUGAGAAAUGGAUGGAAAUACCAUUUAAACCCCUGAUUACACUCUGUGUGUUCUUAACGAGACAUCAUCAUCUUUGCUAACUUGACAGUAUUUAGGGAAUGGUUUACAACGUAUCUUUUAUUGUAAUCUUUUAAGAAAAAACCAGAAAUAUUUAAUUAGCUGUGACUUUACCAUUUCUGUUCAGAUGUCUUCUUGCACCUUCUUUUUUCUAGACAGUGCAGAUGUAUUUGCAGCCAGCAGUCAAGGACAGAAAAGAUUUCUUUCCCUAAUAAUCUUUUGAUUUGCCACACCCAAUAAAAUCCUUGUAGGGAAAAAGAAUCAACACAACUACCACCUCCCAAUCAAUACCUAAAGCCUAACAGACAGUAAUUAUCAAAAUAAGGAGGAAAUCCCAUAUUGGGCUACAUACCUACCCAUUAAUCAAAACAAGAGAAAUUAUCUGCAGCAUUGCUUUUCUAAAAUAAGACAAAAGAUACCUCCUUGGGUUACACUUUGAACAGGCUAUAAUCAAAAGAAGGAGAACCGAGACUAACUAAGCCCCAGGAAGCCGCAUUGUCCCUUUAACCCGCAGUAUUCCCCAUUUCCCAUUAGUACUUAACAUUUUUCACUAUGUUGUGACUGCUAUUAUUUCAUUUAACACUGGUUAAUCUGUAUCUGAGGUACAUGGAAACCCUCUAGAUGAUAAGAUUGGACAGGUUCCAGCGUUGGCAGUUUCCGAGCGUGCACACACUCGUGUGUUUUGAUCCUUCCAGGAGCUCCCUGCUAUUUGGCCUGCCUGCCAAUUCGUUCUUGGAUCAGCCUCUCGCUCAGCUCCCAGAGGGCUGUGGCCGUGGCGUCGCCCUGUGCCUCCUGCGAGGGCAGGCAGCGGCAGCAGUUGUUGAAGUACAUCCCGCCCAGGCCCUCCAGCUCCGCCGCCGUGGCGCAGUAGACGGUGGUGGCAGCUCCUUGUUGCUGGAAUUUAAAAAAAAAAAAAAAAAAAAAAAAAAAAAAGAAAGAAAAAGAGAGAGAGAAAAAAAUAUAUAAAUACAUAUAGAGAUAUUUUAUCGUUGUAAUUUCGACUGCAGCGCUUUGAAGCUGUGUCUUACGAAAGCAUCGUGGCCGACAAGGUAACCUGCCCGGUGACAAGGCUGGAGCCCUGCUGAAGGCACUGCCUGCCUCCUGGACACUUAUUUACCAACCACCUCAAUGAGGCUUUUAUUUUUUUUUCUUUUCCUUCCCUCUUUUCUUCCCUCAGGAAAAAAGACAAUCUUGAACCACAGCCCUAGGAUCAGGUUUUUUGCCCCUUUUCAGUAAAAACCUGGAUCGGCAGCAGGGGAUGCCCAGGCUGUGUUUGGCACCACAACUGCUGAGCUGGGUUUAAAAGCAGCAGCACCUCAGAGCUUCCCUUUACAACACAGAAAGCACUUACUGUGUGUCUGGGCACCCCCCCUGCCCAGCCCCGACCCGCAGCGCCGGCUGAUGGAUGGAUUUCGUUUGUUUGGGUUUUUUAAACCUCUUGUACAAAAUUAACCUGGGCACUCCAAUUAAGGCCUAUCAUGUAAAGUGCAAUCGGGAGUGGUGCCAAACCUGCCAUGGAUCUUUGAUCAACAGUUUCACCGUGGCAAUUGUCACUGCUGCCACGGAAGGGUGUUUGUCUGCUGCAGGCAGAGAUGGGCUGAUUUUGCAAAGAUGUGAGUUUUUCCACUGGAGUUUUGUUCUCUAACAACCAUUCCUCAUAAUGCUUUAAGAAAUAGAGUGGGUAGAUUAGAGGCUUUUGUGGAUCAGAAGGUGUUUUUUUUUAUUUUUCUUGCUUUUUAAAAAUUUUUCUUCUUUUUUUUUUCCCUUACCCUUUCCCUCUUUUUUUUUUUUUUUUUUUUUUUUUUUUAAAUACCAAGUGAACAGGAAGAAUGGGUUUCUCUGAAUUUCUCUAACAGAAACAUGGAGAUGGAGGCCACAGGGUUGGGGCAAGAACCCUGGCACAGGCAAUGGGCUACUCCCUGGCACAGAUUAAAAACAACAGAGCCAGAACAGCUGGAGAGAGGGCAAGAAGCUAGUUUGCUUUGUAAACUAUAAUUAAAAAUAAUAGGUGAGAGCUCAUAGCAAAACACAACACUAAUUUAAAACCGAUAGAGUUUAUCUGGCAUCUUAUGAUUAUUUAUGUACAUCUUAGUCCUUUCUGUGGUAACUAAUUAUGAGCUGAUAGGAAUCAGAAUAAAGAGGCUGCCAAGUGCAAUUGAAAAAGUAAACGAAGAGAAAUUAGUUGUUGCCGCAUUAAGAUAAUUUAAUGGGAAAAGAGAAUAGGCUUUAAUCUCUUGAGAUUUUUCCUUCAGUCGUUUUUUUUGGCCUUUCAUUGUCACAACCAAGGAAACUCAGGGUGCUGUUAGGGGGCCAACCUGCAGAAGACCUCUAGUUUGCAUUCUCAUCCUUCAAGGACAGGAAGCAGUUUUAAAAGCCCCGAUUCUCCUUAUUUGAGGCAUCUCAAUUUUUUAGCAGCAAAGAAAUGCAUAUUUGUUUGCAAGACAUGCAUUUUCCUCAGCAGAUGGGAUUAAACUGAUAAUGAUGACUCCACAGCUUAGAAAUGAUCUCCCACCACAAGGUAAACCAAAACUGUCUGUAUUAAGUAUUUUGAAAGGCAUAUAUUUAUCAACAGACCAAAAUAUUUUUAAAGUUAGUAUAAUACAUAGUAAUCCUCUUAUUAAACCAAUAUCUUUUUUUAAAAAAGAGAAAAUAUCUUAAAGGUGGUAGCAGAAAUGGAAGAGAGUUCUACUAAAAAUAAUAUUAAUAGAGAACAAUAAAAUUUCUAUGCUCAUUUCAACUAUCCUAUAAAGCUCUACAGUAUAGGUAUGAUCACUGUAUUCAGCUGUUUAGAAUGAUUCAAAGCCCCUAAAGAGUAUUAUUAGGUUUUUGCAAGCAAUUCAACUGGACUUUUAUUAGAAAGGUAAAAUUAAACUAAAUUGCUCAAUGCAGAGCGAGAGCCCUUAAGCUGUUGCUGAAAAGCAUCCGUCCAGCCAAGCUAAACUCAGGCUAUCUCUAACAGAACUCAGCUAAUUCAUAAAAUGGAAGUUUAUCAGGGCAGUUUAAAAUCCAACCCAAACAAUAAUUUAUCUUUUCAAAUGAGUCAAAUUUGAUGACGUUUAAACAAAAUUCUCAGCAGACAGAAAAACGUCCCAGAGUAUAACAGCGGUGCUUUAUACCUCGAAUAUUGACACAAGCUAGACUCCAAAAGAAGGGAAUAGUUUUCCCCGUGUGAGCAUAGGAUAUUUACUUUAAGUGAUAAAAGAUUAUGUGGCUGGAAGCCCAAAGCACUUUAUCUUGUGAUGCCUCCAGUGUUUUGCUGAGAACUGGAUGUAAGCAACGUGCCAUUUGCUUUUUGGCUGUGUGUAUCUUUACUUCUUUCUAAAUGUUUCAAUCGUGUUGGCUGCUUCAGAAGGAGAAAAUUCAAUGGUUCUAUCAUUGAAGGAAAAGUACCUUUCUUAUUACUUAAGAGAAAUGCAGUCAUAUUUAUCCCUUCAUUGGCAGAGGGUAAAGCUUUAGUAUCUCACAAUAACGGACAGAUAUGAACUCAUCGAGCCUAGGAGAAUUUUUCAGACAGCAAAACUACAUAACAGGAGGUGAAUCCCAGAUUCUCAAAGCCAGUUAAGCACCUCAUUUCCUUUGGUGAAUGUGAGCUGGUUGCAUUCAGACACUUGAGGAUUUGCCUAAGUGACUUGUCCAAGGACAGAGGGGAACAAGUGUCACAGAGUCACAGGAAUCAAAUCCCACUUUGGGUUGGGAGGGGUAUCAAGAGGUCUCUAGCCCAACCUCCUGCCCAAAGUGAGAUGCCCAGAAGCCCCAUAUAUGCCAUGCUGAACAGGAAGGUUCUCAAGGGAUAAAUUCCUCCUUUGCACCUACGACUCAGAUCCCACAAACUUCUGAGAAGAGCCAGAGCUGCAGAUAACUGCAAACUGCCUGAGCUGCCAGCCAUGCCUUGCUGGGCUGAGAAGCUGCUCCACUUCUGAGUAAAUAUUGUUUAUCCCUCAUGAACACAGUCCUUUGAAUGACAUCUUUAUAUGCUGGGGCUUAUGACAGUUUAGUAACAAGUUUUAAUUUUUUGCUCAUCAGCUUUCCUGUUCACAUAUCAUCAGCAUACGACAGCAGAGGAUGUUAGGGAAUCUAAUUAGUAAACAAUUCCAUACUGCUGAUACAAGAUGAAACAUUCUUAAACCGAUAAAAAGAGCACUUUAAUCACUGUUGAAUGACUUUCAAUGCCAAGCGGUUUGUGCCAUGUCAGAACAUAAUUUGAAGAAGAUUAGAGUACUAUAUAAAAGAAUUAAUGUUAACAACUUCGUUAAAAAAUGUCUUAAACAAUGAGCCUGUCAGUUGUCACAGACUCUCCCUGAUCCAUUGUGAUUAAGGCCCCCCCCUCCCAACAAUUUCAGCUGAUAAACAAUGCUAAAAGCGCUGGGCAACCUAAACAUUUUUUUCCAUAGGUCCAUCAGUUGUACAGGGUGCUAAUCACCAGAGCUGGGGUCAGCCUUCUUUAACCUGCAACAAAGGCAGCGGGUUGCAAUAAUGAAUACACAGGAUAAAGAAUUUGUGAGAAGCCCAACUGAAUCUUUAAUCAUGCCUCAAUGCCAUUUCCGAUCCAGUCAAACAUUUGAAAGCUGCUAGGCAAGCACCACGCUAUCAAUCUUGCCAGCGUACGUAAAAUUACCCAGGAAUCUUGUUUUGGAUUAAGUUGAAGAGUGUCUUAGUAAUAAGGGUUCAUCAUUCUCUUCCGCAAAUCAUUUGUCAGUUUUGUAAUACAAUCUUCCACUGCAGCAGGGUGGGAUUUAUACAGCAGUUGCUGUUUAUUUAUAGUUGAGGCUCAAAGAUCUAAAUUAUCCAUCCUUCUGAAAUCCUUUGUUGAGUUGAAAAUACUAAGUAGAUACUAGUUCAUAGGCAUUUAUUUCAUAACUGCUAGCUGUCUAUUUGUAACUGAUGGCACUGAAUGCAAAUAGAUAUUGAAUAUCUUAGCAGUAAAAGAAAAGGGGUUCUUGAGAUACAGUAUAUGGUAAAACCCUCAUUAAUGUAGGUAAUACAUCUGUUAGUACUCUGAGAUACCAUUUAUGUUCCUGAUAAGAAAACAUAUUACACAGUUAAUGUUUAGUUUUUAGAUUUGUCUACUUUCAAAUGCAUGUUUAUUUUCCAAAAUUAGAUGCCUGUUCUGAAGCAAGUUUACAUACCAAGCAUAUAAAUAAUAGAAACAAAGCCAUAAUUUAUCUGUAUAUUUAUCAACUAUGAAUGAAUAGGAUCCACUCAACAUUGCUUGCCAGGAAGGUGGGAUCAGCUUAUUUGAAAAGGAGGGUUUAUUUUCUUAUGAAAAAUUAAGGAUAAAGGCCAGUUAUCUUGGUAGCUUAAGUUGAGCACAGAGCAUUUUAAAAGAUGGCCAAGGGAAAGAGGUGAAUUCAAAAUGACAUAAGAGGCAAGUAUUUGUGACAAGGGCCAGAUUCAAAGCAAGCAGCUCAAGUGAAAUAAAAGGCAAGUGCUUCCUUGAAAAUCUUCAGGCUGUUCCUGUUACUCAUAUCAGGACUAUUAGAGAAAGCCAACAUAACCCUAACACAAAAAUAUCAGAUCCACACAAAGGCAUUGUAAGCAUACCAUUUGUACCUAAAUAACUCAUUACACAGCAGUGUGAAGAUGAGGUAGAAUCAUAGAAUAAUUAAGGUUGGAAAAGACCAUUGAGUCCAACCACAAACCUAACCUAAUAACCAAGGUAUAUUCCAGAUCGUGAAACCACUGGGGUCUCCCAUAUCUUCUCUGUGCCUCUGAAAAGCACCCUGAAGAGCUCAAAUCCAUUCUGCCAGAGAGGGAAAAACCCUUCACCAGCUGGCUUCUGUCAUUCCUUGGAAUAACAGACAAAAUUAUAUGGAAUUUGUUUCCACAAUGAUCAGUUCCAAAUUGUCCAAACCGAACCCCAAAGUGACAGCUGCUAUUUUACAUUCCUCGAGCUCCACAUCCACCUGGAGUGAAUCAGCACAGGUUUGCUGCCUUCUUGGAGGCUCCACAGGUUGGAGCAGUGGCUGAGGAUCUUCUCCAUUGCUUGUUGGGAGCCUGAUGCUGAUGCUCAGGGGGGAGUUGCGGGGCUGUGCAGCCUGGGGGCACCUGGCUGGGCAGCCCCACUCCGAGCUGUGGCUCAGCACCCGAGCUCCCCUCCUGGGAGAAAACUGCCCUCAGAAUGGAUUUGUUUCCUUUUGGGAUUGCUUGCAAAUCCCCAGCUGGGAUUUUGCUGCAGAGUUUUCUCAAACUGUACUUUUUCCUUUCUCUGUAAUUUAAAUUGGUUGUUUUUCCUAUUGAGCUCAAGUCUUUGGGAACGACACGGAGCAAAAUGACCUCUUCUAAAAAGCACUAGCAAGUCUAAAAUCCUCAUGUUCUCAUUCAGCCUUCGGGAUACCCCAGUAUCUCAAGUGUUUUUAGGAGCAAUCUUAAGAGCUGUUUGGAGGUAUCACCCAUGGCUGAGGCCAGUUGUAGCUGAGGGAGCUACUUCUCAAUGUCAGGCAUUACUUUACUCCAAUUCCUAAUGGGAUAGCUCCAAGCUGUGAGGGAUAGUCACUUUUCCUACAAUGCACUGAACAAGUUUUGCCUGUGAGACGACAGAACUGUUCAGUUCCUGCAGCAGUCCUCUUACUCAGAGCAAUCCCAAACACUCAGUUAUCUUAUGAGUAACACUCAGAAUAUGUAUGUAUUAGUGUCCUGCAAGAAAAUAGGAUUCCUUGAUUGCUUUUUCAGCCAGGAAAUAUGAAACUGAGACCUGCCUUUGCUGUUUUGGGUGAGUGUGAAACUGAAAUCAUAUCUGCAGCUAAAAAAAAUAAAACUUUGGAGCUGCCAAAUAUGAUCUAAAACCCCAAAUCAGGCUCAGUUGACUUCAGGUCCUAUUUCCACCCAAGUGCCAGCAGGAAAACGUGACCUGAACUGAUGCUGUAUUUACAGUCUUUUCAAAGGUCUCACCGAACCACAUCUAAACCAGAGGUUCUCAACCACCUCCCCUUCCCCCAUCACCACAUUUAAACCAGCAAAGCAUCUCUUAGAAGAUAAUACAACGGAUAAACCAAAAUCUAUAAGGUCUGCUUUUUCCCCUCUGAUGUAUUCCUUUUUCAACUAAUUCCCAACUACAAAGACUCAAAACUCCAUCAGCUUCUCUACUUGCAAAGCAUAGUUGGUUUCAAGCUGUAACUUUUCUUAGUGUCAUUAAAACCCUUACACAUUUACAGUAUUCUUUACAUACAUUAUAGGAGAUAAGUGUGCUAUGUUCUUUGAGUAAGGAAACUGCAGUAGUUCACGAAAGAGGAUUUGUUUUCAACUGCUGAGGCAUUAAGACUUAGUGAUUAUUUCAACUAUUCAGUACAUGCAGCUAUAUUUAACUUACAUUCUGGGUUUUUAACUUUGCAAAAGAAAUUGUGUCCAUUGUAAUAAAUGUAUUUUGAUAAUGCACCGUGUUGUUUGUGUUAUGCAACACCCCGUAUGUUCUCAAUUACAGCAGUGACAGAGCUUGAAAACUUCCAACCUCCAACAUCCAGUGUCAAACAGAUUGUCUGCAAUCACUCCACAGGAGAGAAAAAAAAAUACAAUACAGGACGUGAAGUCAGAAGAACUGGGUUGAUUUUUAUCUUUUUGACUUUUCCUUUCCUAGUGAGCUUGGACAAGUCACUUCAGCUCCCUGUACCUCACUUUUCCAAGCUGUAAAAUGGAGAGAGUACUCUUAUUUACCCACCUCACAGGGGUGUUGUGAGGAGUAGUUCACAUUUAUGGAGUGCUUUCAUGCUUACUGUGGAAAAGCACUGUGUAAGUAUAAAGUGUUAUAUUAUUGUUAAAAUGUGUACAAGAUGUACAACAAGGUUGACAAAAUAGCUGACAAAAAUGUAAUUACCUUUCAAAAUCAUGCCUAUUUUUCUCUGUUGUAUAAACUUAAUUCUUUAACCUGUGAAGCUGUCUGCUACUCCAGACCCUGUUCCAGUCUCUUCCCUCUCUCACCCUGUUUCAUUUUGCCCAGCUCACAGAGAACUUGGUAAAACUCUUUACUUGCCAAAACACCAUUGAGUAUCAAAAAAUGGAUACUUUAGAGGGAAACAGUCCCUAAAAGGGCAUUCAUCUCUCCUACCCUUUGCAUAUGCUAGGCAGAGCCAUCAUGGCAUACCAGGAGUGGGAUUCAGUUGCCUAACAUGGAUCUUAAGACAUCUGAGCUGCCUUAGGAUAUCCCACGUGCUCCACAGCUGUCUCUCAGAAGGGCACAUAUUUCUCAUAGGUCUGGUAUUGUAGCUGCCAGCCCCUCACAGAUAUCUCAGCUGAAACCAUACAAUGGUUAAGACAACAGCAGACUGUGCAAUGUAAAUGCUUUUACCACAGCAUCUGGGAGGGAGUUGGUUCCCACAGGCAGCACCGUAUUACUUUCUUUUCCAGUAUCUUAUUAAAGUCCACAGUCAGCUUCUGAAAAUUGUGUCAAGGCUGACACAGAGCUAUCUUAAGCUCCAAAAGCUGUAAUGAAGCCCGUGGCUUUCUCUUGCUCCACCGGCAUUUGAGGGCAGGAGCAGCAGCACACCUCGCAGGCUGCUGGCCCUGGCCUCUUUACCCACACCACAUUUCCAGGCAGAUCACUGCUGCCUUUCCUUCUCCUGCCCACUGAACUCCUGUUCACACCUGAUUUACACUUUUAAGACAUCGUUGCUCCACUGAAGUGGCAGUUUUGAACACUGCAUGCAAAUUUCUAUGAUCUUUUCCUCUCACAGGCCGGUACGGAGCAGUGGUGCGAUCCUGCAUGCUUCUGCUCAUUCCUAGAUUUGGGAAAAUUCCCAAUUUGAGGAAAAUUAUCAAUCCUUAUUUUGGAGUUUAAUGGGGUAAGGGUGAGAUCAGGUUGACCAAAAGAUGCUGCUGUCCAUUCCUUGCCCUGUGUGCCAACACUGGCCAGUGCAGUGAAAAGCAAAGAGCAUGUAGGGGACAGUCCUUGGGCAUCCCAGCAGCGCUGCUGGGGGCUGAUCAUACCCGAAAAUCCACUCCAGCUCACUUUCUGAGCUUCUGUGAUGCACAUUUAUACAAACACAAGUCCUAUCACAACUUGUCGGCCACUGUCAAAAUGGAAAUCCUACGGAGGACGUUGGAAAUCCUCCUGAGACACAUAACCUGCCAGCUGAGGGAGGAUUCUUCCAGGCAAGGGUAAUUUGAAGAGUUGAGCAAACAGGUUGUUGACAAUGAACACAUCCUGCCAAAAAGAGAGAUUAGAUGUGCUGCUGCAACUAAAUCAUCAGAAUUGGUCUGGCUGGUGUUUGGGCAUACGUAGAUGGGAGUUCACUGAAAUCACUUCUGUUAUUAACUUAUGCUGAAUUGAAAUGUUUUAUGUUUUUAAUGUACCUAACUUUAAUUAUAUAUAUACUUUAUAUAAAUGUAUGUAUACAAACGGGACUGUAUAUGCUGUAUAUAUUUAUAUAGCUUUUUAAUACUAUUACUAGUCCAAAUUUAGACUUUUUCAUAUUGCAAAGAAUGCCAUUGCAAUGCUGACAUUUGGCUUCCUCCUUCAUGCACAGAUAGUUUUUUAGACUGAUUUCUAUUUCAGACAUGAGUGGAAAAAAAACACCACACAACAUAAUGCUUUUUAAGUAAGUGACCUUUUGGGACAGAUAUUUAACAAGCUGUUUGUUUAGGUUUUAAAGAUAAAAGACUGUUUUUCAUCUGUUGAUAUACACACAUAUGCACAUACAAACACGGACACACACACAGUUCAAUAAUACAAUGCAUUGAAAAACCACAGGGUGUUAUGAUGGGGAAGUACCAUGGUAAGAAAGUAGCUACUAACUCUGUCUUCCAGAAACUAAUUAAGGGAAUGUAUUUUGCAAUAAUACAGAUCUAGCAAACAGGCCUCUAAAGUCUAGGCUUAGAGCUGUAAGCCAGGCACUCCUGUAUUAUGUAUGUGUGAUUUUCAUAGAUAGCCUGCUGUAAAGUGUGCCCUGUUAGUGCAUCUUUCAGGCUCAAAGACACUGGCCUUGUUAAUAUUUCAUUUAGUACAUACUGUAGAGUCUCAUUUAUAUUACUUCUAUAAUUAAUGGUGAUAGCUUAGGCACUGCCUUUACAAGGAGAGAUCCCUGUAUGUUGGUCAAUGGAUAAUGAGAAACAAUAGAUAUUUCAUUCACCAGCAGCUUGUUGCUAGUUAGUAGGAAAUUAUCGUGUGUACUGUUGCUUUAAUUGCCAGGGUAAAUAAUGCCGCCGCUGUGUUAGUGAACAUUUUAAAGCACUUGAUUCAAAUAGACUAGAAACAAAACACAAAAAAAAAAAAUUACCUUUAUUAUGCUAUACCUUAGCAUAGGGAGUUAAAAAGGUAUGUCUUAAAACAUUUGCGUUCUAUCAUGCAAAUAUAUCUUAAUAUGCAUGUGCUGACUAUUCAACUACUGUAUUUUAGGAAAUACAAUUAUGCUGCCUUUCUCUUCUUCUAUGUAGACUGUAAAUAACUGUAGAUCUUUCUCUUGUUUUCCCAUGUAAAUAUAUGUAAAUAUUAACAAGCUAUGCAUGCUGAUAUUCUAGGCAAUUUCAGGUACUUUUAUAAUCUGAAGGCAUGUACUUGAACUGGUUUGUUAAAAAAAAAAAUCAACUCUCUCAAAUCCUUUAAAGCUCAUUAGAAAUUAAAGAUUUCUUACUAGACUGGUUCCUUCAA